AGAUCAACCUAUUGCGUGGAGUCAUAAUCUCAUGAUCUAAUUAAUUUUGUCAGAAAAUUAAAAAAAAAAAUCAUUGAACCCUUAUCUUCUUCUACACUUCUCUGACACACCGCUUCUUCUUCUUCUUCUUCUUCUUCCACUUUUCUCUUUUCUCUUUUCUCCCGUUGCUUAUCAAUUUUUGAUCCCUUCUCUCUUCGCUUUCCCCUUUCCCUUCCUUGCCUCGAUUGUCUAUUUUUCUUGAUUUUGAUCAAAUAAAAAUUUGAUCUUUGCGGAAAACUAGCUGAAGAAUUUCUCUUCUACCACUUUUGAGGAAGAUCAGGUGCAUUUCAAAGGAUUUGAGAUGGCUUCGAUACACGGCCCUGUAGUUUGUCCCGUGGUUCGUGCAAAGCAAACCGGGGUAUACUCUGUACCCGUUGAUUCGCCUCUGCUAAAAGCUAAGUUGAUUAGAAGUGGAUUCUGGGGGCUGAAGGGACUCAACAGCGGCGUGGCUAAUGUCAGUUACCAACAGAAUUUGAGGAGUUGCAGACCAAUCCGCUGUAGUUUCAGUUCUUCAUCAGAUGGUAAUGGUAGCAUGGCAGAAAACUUCAGUGAGAGUAAUGCAGAUUAUGUGAAUUCAAGUGUCGUUGAAGCCGUUGAGGUGAGAAGUGGCGCAGACGGUUUCGUGAUCAAGAUGAGGGACGGAGGGUAUUUGAAAUGUGCUCACAAUAACCCUCAAGGAGGCCAUCUGCCCGACUAUGCUCCACAUCCUGCAAUCGUCUUGAAGAUGGAAGACGGAACUGGUCUUCUUCUCCCGAUUAUUGUUUUGGAGAUGCCCAGUGUGCUCCUCAUGGCCGCUGUGCGCAAUGUACAAAUUGCUAGGCCAACUAUGUAUCAAGUGGUGAAAGAUAUGGUUGACAAGAUGGGAUAUACAGUGAAGCUUGUACGUGUCACCAAGAGGGUGCAGGAGGCGUACUUUGCCGAGUUACAUCUUGCAAAGCUGGAUAAUGAAGCUGAUACCGUAUGCUUUGAUCUUCGUCCCUCGGAUGCCAUUAACAUAGCGGUGAGAUGCAAGGUGCCAAUCCAAGUCAACAAGUUGCUGGCAUGUAGUGAUGGUAUGAAGGUUAUUGAAUCUGAAAAGGUGUUGGCUCAAAGUUCAUCAUCAGAGGGUCCGUUUUUCACUCAACUGGAUAGACCCACAGGGCAACCGUGCAUUCAGACCAAAGAAUUCAAUUUCGUGCGCAACAUGCUGAUUGCCGCGGUUGAAGAACGCUACAGGGAUGCAGCGUUGUGGAGAGACAAGCUGACUCAGCUUCGGGCCAAGAGAAACUGGGCAUGAUACACGGGUCAGUAUCAUGUUCUCUCCAUAUGCUCAUCUCGUUACAACACCAUGAUACGUUAUACAAUGCAGAGGUAGUUCAUUCUGCUUCUGGUUUCAGGGGGACUGCAGUGGGAUAGCUUUUGUACAUAGAUAUAUCACUGGUCAGCCAAACAUCGAGUAAUCAACUGUGUUUGGCCCUUCAUUUAAGUUUAUAUAUGUAUAUUCGCUUCGUGUAUAGAUGAACUUUGUUAUGUACUGAUCUAUUCCGUAUGUUCAUACAUUCAACUCUUCUGCGCUUAAAGCCCUUUGUUAUGAAAUGCAGUUUGGUUCAUUUUA